AUGGUGCCCAACAAGGAGGGAAUCAGCUUGACAAGGGAAGAAGCCUCGACGCGGUAUGCCACGAGCCCGAGCUUGGAGCGGUCGACGGGGAACCCGGAGCGGGAGGUGAAGACGACGCGCACCGUCAAGGGCGCCUUCUCCGGCGCCACCAAGCUCGGCGGCGACCCGAGGGGCGUGUUGUGCGGCGACCCGAGGGUGAAGGCGAAGAUGCGCUUGUCGUCGCGGGGACGGAGCCGGAGCUGGCGGUGGGAGCAGGAGGCGGAGGGCAGCGCCGGCCUGUUCGAGGGCAUGCUGUGCGACCCGGCCACCGGGACGGAGGUGUUGUCGUGGCGCCCGGGCAGUAGAGAGGCCGACCCGCGCAGCGGCAUGAGGCGCCGGUACAGGGGCCUCGGGCGAGCGUUCAGCAAGAUGCGGGGGCUGGUGGUGGCCGGCGACGAGCAGGACGGAGAAAUAACUUGCGUUCACCAAGGCUUCCGGUUCGACGAGGACUCCCAUGGGGUUGGGAACUUCAAGACCCUUCUCUUCAGUGAGAAAGAGGUUACCGUGUUUGGCUGCAGAAACCCCAAGGAUAUUCAUGGAAUGAGGCAGGGUGUUGGAAAAGAAAUUCAGAACAAGCACAAAGAGUGUGCAGCUGAUGGUCCAGCAAAGAAGGUUAGAGGUGGAGACAAAGAUAGGGACCUUUGUGCCUAA